AUGUCUGGCCGCAGCGAAGCGCCUCGCGGGGGCAGCGACCGCGCCGCCGAGCGCCGCAGGGACCCUCCCGCCAGCAUUCCUCCAGCAGACACAGCGGCGCGCGGCCCGCGCGAGCCCUUACAUAGCCAGCCGCCUCCACGCCACCUCCGUCCCCAGCGCGCAGACGCACCGCCGGCCACACCACCUGCGCUGUCGGCAGUACUGUGCCAAUUUUUUGUGCAGUUUGUUCUUGGAGCCUCCCUGCAGCUGGAGUGUGCCUCGGAAGGAGCAGAGAAUGGGGGCAGGGGACACGGGACAGGCCGCGGAUACAGCAGGCGGCGGCAGUCGGUGCGGCGCGGCGCGGCGGACGCUCCCGAUUUAGUGGCGGCGGCAGAAGGCGGUGGAAGGCCGCGUCUGGCGCCGACCUCCCCGCCUGGGACGGACCAGCGCGCCGCGCCGCGCCGCACGCGACCGCCGAGCACGCAACGCCGCAGUUACACAUACAGCACGGAGUAG